CUCCUUCGCCAGCCGCUCGGGCUGCGGCUCCUCCCGGGGGCCGGUUCCCGCUGUCUCUGCCUCAGCCGCCGCGCCGCGGGGCAACCGGCGUGACUGACUGACCGGCCUCGGGUGCCGGGAGCCGCCGCGUCCAGCCCGGCCUCCCUGGCCGGGAGCCUGGGACCCAGUUCGCCGUCCGCGCCCCUCGCCCUCCGCUCCUCGCUUUUCGCCCGGCCGGCUCCCGGCGGCCGACCCGCGCCCCGGCCCUUCCCGGGCGGCGCCACAGCCACAGCCCGCGCCCAGGGACAGGGCCGAAAAUAGUGAAAUCACGUUUCACGGUUAAAAAACUAUUAAGAAGGCAAUAUGGGGACUCCUGGUUCUGGAAGGAAAAGGACACCUGUAAAAGACCGAUUUUCUGCAGAAGAUGAAGCUUUGAGUAACAUUGCCAGAGAGGCAGAGGCAAGGCUGGCAGCAAAACGGGCUGCCCGGGCAGAAGCGAGGGAUAUACGCAUGAGAGAACUGGAGCGACAACAAAAAGAGUUGGAUGAAAAAUCUGACAAACAGUAUGCUGAAAAUUACACAAGGCCGUCAUCUCGGAAUUCUGCCUCGGCAACGACCCCGCUGAGUGGAAACUCAUCCAGACGAGGGAGCGGAGACACCAGCAGCUUAGUAGAUCCAGACACCUCAUUAAGUGAAUUGCGGGAGUCUUUAUCCGAAGUGGAAGAAAAAUACAAGAAAGCCAUGGUUUCCAACGCACAGUUAGACAAUGAGAAGAACAAUUUGAUCUACCAGGUAGAUACCCUCAAGGAUGUUAUUGAAGAACAGGAGGAACAAAUGGCAGAAUUUUAUAGAGAAAAUGAAGAAAAAUCAAAGGAGUUAGAAAGGCAGAAACAUAUGUGUAGUGUGCUACAGCAUAAGAUGGAUGAACUUAAAGAAGGCCUUCGACAGAGAGAUGAGCUCAUUGAGAAACAUGGCUUAGUUAUAAUCCCCGAUGGCACUCCCAAUGGUGAUGUCCGUCAUGAACCAGUGGUUGGAGCCAUCACCGUGGUAUCUCAGGAGGCUGCUCAGGUCUUGGAGUCUGCAGGAGAAGGUCCACUAGAUGUCAGGCUACGAAAACUUGCUGGAGAAAAGGAGGAGCUACUAUCACAGAUCCGGAGGCUGAAGCUGCAGCUGGAGGAGGAGCGGCAGAAGUGCUCCCGGAGUGAGGGCUCGGCGGCUGACGUGGCGGGCCUGCACAACGGCUCCGACUUGCAGUUCAUCGAGAUGCAGAGAGAUGCCAAUAGACAAAUUAGUGAAUACAAAUUUAAGCUUUCAAAGGCAGAACAGGAUAUAACCACGUUGGAGCAGAAUAUCAGCCGGCUGGAGGGCCAGGUGCUGAGGUAUAAGACGGCUGCGGAGAACGCCGAGAAAGUGGAAGACGAACUGAAGGCGGAGAAGAGGAAGCUGCAGCGAGAGUUACGAACGGCACUGGACAAGAUUGAGGAGAUGGAGAUGACCAACAGCCACCUGGCCAAGCGGCUGGAGAAGAUGAAGGCCAACAGGACAGCACUUCUGGCCCAGCAGUAGGAGGCCACCCUCCGGCCCGGGCGCCGCUCCUGGGGCCCCCUCCCAAAGGGACUGACUUUUUGUCCAUUGACACAGACCCCCUUCAGUACUGUUUGAGUUUUGUCAUUAAAAUAGCCACCUUUGUAUUUUAUAAUUUAUGAGAGAAUGAAACAGGUUUGAAUCUUCAUGAAUGAACACUUUGGAUUUCGUUUGUAGUUUGAUUCUAGACUAAGAACUGGUCCAUGCUGGGUUUUUUUUUUUUUUUUAAUUUCCAUAAUUUUAGAAUCAAGUUUACUCACCAUUUUCCCCCAGCUGCCUCAGUGACUGGGCACUCGGAGGCCUUGGCACAGGUUCCGGAGGACAGCGACUCUGUGAGUGCCCAAUGAGGUAACUCGGCUGGAGACCUCGGAAAACACAAGUGCCUUCUCCACGGUGCAAUUCAGACUUCAGUCAUCCCCAGCGGUCAAAAGACACUUACCCUUAAUAUCAGAUGGCAUUUAUAUUUUAGUGAAGAAACAAGUUCACAGGCGGGGAAUGUAUGUUUCACUCAAAUUUCUAUGUUUGGAGGAAAAAGCCUUUUUUUGUAAAAUAUUUAAAUUUAUAUAAGAAAAUGUUAGAAAAAGAUAUGGGGAGUGUAUAUAAAACUUGCUUUAUUGCAUGUGGCCGGGAAUGUCCAAAGCCUAACACUCUUAAAGUAAGAGUAGGGCCCUUCGUCUUCAACGUCAGCUGUGCUGUAUCUCAUGUAAAGUAUCUCAUCUGCUGCUGAUCUGUGGAGUGACACCUCAGACGAGCCCGGUGGGGGUGGGGACAGGCAGGGGGAGGUCGGCCUAAAGACUAUUAAACGCACCCUCUUGCUGACCAC